CAAGAGACGGAGAAGACCCAAGAACCCCGAGAGAACGAAGAGCACAAGCCUGUGCAAGCCUGCAAAGGUUAAAACGCGAAACACAUUUCCGUGAGUCAGUCCGAGCCAGCAUUAUUCGUCGUGGGUGAAUCCAACUCUCAUAAAAUCCAGCAGCUAGAACAGCUCGUCACUCUCGAUUGUUCAGGCAAAUAAACCAAUCCAAGAUGCCCAACAUCAAGCUUCAGAGCUCAGACGGCGAGAUAUUCGAGGUUGACGUUGAAAUCGCCAAGUGCUCGGUGACGAUCAAGACUAUGCUCGAAGACCUUGGCAUGGACGAAGACGAGGAGGAGGUCGUUCCCCUGCCCAACGUCAACUCAGCUAUCCUCAAGAAGGUCAUACAGUGGGCUACGUAUCACAAGGAUGACCCACCACCACCAGAUGACGACGAGAACAAAGAGAAGAGGACGGACGACAUCAGCUCUUGGGACGCCGAUUUCCUCAAGGUUGACCAGGGUACACUCUUCGAGCUGAUUCUCUCAGCCAACUACCUCGACAUCAAAGGUCUCCUCGACGUCACCUGCAAGACAGUCGCCAACAUGAUCAAGGGCAAGACCCCAGAGGAAAUUCGCAAGACAUUCAACAUCAAGAAUGACUUCACAGCUGCCGAGGAAGAGCAGGUUCGCAAAGAGAACGAGUGGUGCGAGGAGAAGUAGAUCACUCCCUCAAAUUAAGAUUCAACAGCAACUUUUCUCAUCUUUUUUGUUUCGUUGAGGGACGUUUAACGAGUUCCUUGAGAUCACUCUCAAAGUUUAAACUGAAGAUCAUCUCAGGAAGUUGAAAAAACACGUUUGAUUUUUAUUAGGGCAAACUUUAGGAUUCAAUGGCCGCUGAGUUACCUUUCAACUCUUUUAAAGUUACUUUCUCUUUUAUAAGGAUAAAUCCCGCGUGAGAGUCGAGAUAAUUCAUCGUCGUCAUGAGAGAAGAUGUAAAAUUAAGGAAAAACUCUUUAAUUAAAUGAUUAAGCCCAAUGCUUAACCUGAUAAAAAAUUUAGAUUGUACAAUGUUGAAAAUUAUCUGGGAAAUUCCAGGGAAAUUUCUAGCUGAAAAACUGACGAUCAAAAUUGCGUAACACUUGAAAUAUUCACAUCAGAAUUAUCUAGAACAUUGUAAAAUGUGACAUUUUUUCGAUGACUGGGGGAAUUUAAGACGUCUCUGAUACCUGAGACCAAGUGUAUUUCAGCAAUUACUGCAUCGCGCAGUUCCUGCAAGUUUCCAGGGAAUUUUUUAACAGUGUAGGCUUUAAGUAAUCCAACAAUGUGUAUUAAUACUUAAAUUAUACGGUAUAAUAUCUGAAAUUAUUCUCUGAUUCAACUAUUCAGUUUUUCAUAAAUUGUAAUGUGCUUUUACCUCUUUUCAUUUGAUACAUUCGUGUCCUCACUGAGUCACUUGUUAAAGAAUACAUGUUUUUGGAUGGAUAA